ACGGUAGUUUACUAUUUAAACCAAUAUUUCACUAGUAUAAAAUAAAUACAAAUAAAAUUAAAAAAAUUAAAAAAAAAGACUCGUGGAGGACAGUGGCUGGUUUUCAUUCACACAACAGAACAUACACUGAAAGAGCAGCCGGAACGGUCACUUUACUGGUAUGGGCUGGGGGUCGAGUUAUAGGAUUUGUUUGGUUGUUAUGAAUGCAUUUUGUAUUGCUGUAACUUAGUAAACCUCAACAACGCGUGUAGCAGCGUGCAUGCUCAUCAUUUGCAGCGGUGGUUUCCAGAUUUGUCUCGCAUUUCUAAUUUAAUUUGUCAAAAAAAAAAAAAAAAAAAAGUGUUGUUGUCAUGUAAAUAACUUUGAAACAUGAUGUGGACAGCCCGGCUUGUGUAACAAUCCAACACCGAAAGAUGAAAGUUUAAUUGCAAAUAAAUGUUAUAACUUGCAUUUCUCUACGUGACAGCCCCUAAACGUCAUCGUGUGUUUUCCAGCCUGUAACAUAAUCGUAUCCGCCUCUCUGGCCGCCAUUCAAAAUCACAGCCAAACCAAUUGCCACGAAUCCUCUGCUAACCCACCCCCUGAACUGAAUUGUCAGUGAUUCGUGUAUUUUGUGUGUGUGUUUUCAAAAGGUAUGCCAUGUCCAGCGACGUGUAUGGUACUCCGCGAACAAGGGAACUAGGAUUUCGUGAAUCAAGUCUCCCUGAGGCGAUCAUUUUUCAAGAACCAGACAGGAGGCGCAGCACUGGAUAGAGAGUAGCGGUGGUUCUGCAGUAUAAAACUAAGCAAUAAAGCCGCAUUUGCUUCAUGGGGGUGGAGGAGAAAGAGAGCGAGAUUCACUGCUCGGACUCGGAGAUCUUAGGUGAAUCUCAGCGAGACUAUGACUCGACAGAGGAGGAAUUCCAGCAGGCUUUAAAAGACAUCGGUGGCAGGGAAAGGAUUUUCUUAGUUAGCGAUGUUUUGGAGAAAGGCGACGGGAGCGAACGCGGCUCGAUGGAAGAGUUCGUCAAUGAGAUGUUCCCAUCUGGAUUAAAAACCACAACAGGUACUAGUGAUGAUGAAACUUGCGUUGAGAUAAAAAACGGUUCAAUUUCAGCAGGAGGCGGUGGUGACGGGACUCCAAGUGUCAUCGGCAACGUCAAUGCAAGCAACUGUGUCGGUAUUCCUGGCGAGGAAAUACAACCAGGUGUAAAAGACGAAGCAGAUCAAUGUUCCACCGACAACGCCAGAUGUAGUGCUGCCACGCCGGCGACCGGUCUGGUUAAGUGCUCACAGCAACAACGGGCGGUCGAAACGCGCAGGGCGUAUGGCAAAGCAUGCAAAGGUACACAGCGAGCUAUACACAGCCCGUUAAUCGUUUUUGUAUUCAGGCACGAGUUUCUGCUUCAUCCUCGGAACAGGGUUUGCCUGAAGGAGAUUCUCAAGGACGUGAGGAGUCGCAGUCGGACUGCGGGUGUCCAGCCGGCUCUGCUUGGGCUGGUGCACUCGACAAGCGAAAGCAGGGACAGCUGGCAGUCAGUCCGGCUGCUAGAACAGCUGCUGAAGACAGUUUUCAAGGGGCACCCCGACGAGGCGACGUGGGUUGGUCACUUCAUACCGAAGAAGCGGGAGUGUAUACUCGAAAUUAAGAAAAAUGCCUGCAAAGCCAUCCGAGCCUCGCUUUGCGCAGAAACAGGGGGCAGCAGAGAUAGAGGAGGCACAAUGUCCUGGGUUCGGCAGUGCUUCCCCUGGCAGGCACGGGAGAACAGGAGGAGGCAAGCCAACUGCAGCUCCGGCUCCAGCCGGCAAGGUGUCCAGCAGAGCAGAGAAGAAGCCGUCCCCCUGCACAGCAGCCCUGUUGCUCAGCCCAUGAGCCCUGCCUGCAUCGCGAGCGAGCAGGAGAGCCAGGCCUGACAGAGCUCACCACACUGCUCCCACCCUCACGCCUGCUUCCUCAUCAUCCAGCCUCCUGACAGUCAUAAUACCACUGGAGCCAAGCCCUGCAGCAGUACUAAAACUUUCUGUGAUAAUCACACAGAUCUCAGUAAACCCUUAUAAAAGUGGCCUGCUGCAAAGUGUAGUAACAUAUAAUGAAUGCAUAAUAAAGUAUUGGGAAGGAUUGUAAAGCCCAGAGAGGUAUGGUUAAGCAUAUUAAAAACCAGGACAAACCAUAGGAAAUUUUGGUAAAUGCAUAGUGUACUGUAAGCAUAGGAAAACUUCAAAUUUGCCAUGCAGCUUUACCAGGGUAAACUUUUACAAGGGAACUCAAACAGGCAUAUAUGUCUUUAUAAAGAGAGCACCCAUUUAUGGGAUGGAUAGUGGGGUUUGGUGUGGCCGUGAUUGCCUUACCUUACAUGAAUUGCUGUGCACUACUAGACUGCACUGAACCGGGCAAUUUAUUGUAAAGCGAUGCUGUUAAAAGCAACAGUAAUGUUAGAUCAAAUAGUGACAUAGAGGAGGUCUAUAAAGUAUUGCACUACUUUUUGUUUAAUUAAUUAUGAACUAUGUUAGUUCAGGCAGAUCAUGAUUACAUAUGAAGUAGGUCUGUCAAUAGGAGCGAGUUGUGUUUCUGUCAUAGCGGCUCUACACAGAGUCUAGCAUUCUUCUGUCCCGGACAUUUGGGUAACAGUAAAGGUUGUUGUUAUGUUGCAAUAUUUGACUUUACCAUGUUUAGCUGGUCAAAAGAAUCUCGUGUCCAUAAUUGUAAAACACUCUGAUCACUUCAAAGAGAUGUCUGCCCCGUAGUGGGCUGUUUUGUCCUUUUUUUAUGAGAUGUCUGGUUUAAAAGUAAAAAAAAGAAAUGGAUAAGAACUGUGAGACAGUUUGAAACUGUAAGAUCGAUCGGAACUCUGUUGAUCAGAAAUCUCAGCCUCACUAUUGUGUGAUCUUUGGCACCACUGUGCCAAAUGCUCCUGUAGUUCAUUCACAUCAACCUCCACCUGCUUUUGACUGAUCUGUUCACUUAGGUUUCCUGACACAAAGGGAGGGCCAGCGCUAAGGUUUACAACAUUUUCUACCUAAAAAUAAAAAUACUCAAAAACAACUUGUAUUCCAGUAGCAAAUCACACAGAGAUGUUUAUUGCUAGUUUGGAUUCGUGAGACCUACGCACACAGUAGCUGCUUGUCCUGAUUUGAAACUCUUGAGAUCUGUUUCUGUUUCCAAUGCAGUACGGAGGUAUUGGACACAGUUUGGAGGGGAUUCCAUAUGCACAAGUCCUCACUGCUCUGUUCUGAGUCCUAUAUGACUGGAGGUUAAGAGGUGAAAGAAAGUUAUUGCUGUUCUGGCUUUAUUUAUGUUGCCUUUGAAGGAUGAACCUUUUUAAUGUGAUCUUUGGAACUUGGCAUGCUAUCUUGUACAAACAUCCUAAACAAACAAGCAGUGUCUGAUUGCAGAGAAUGGCAGCCUGACAUGACCAGGUUAGGGAAGCAGUAUGUUGGUUAGAGUGUGGGCCGUAGACUGUGAAGCUUGGCAAUGGGUUUAAAGUUCUUGGCUACAAUAGACCAGGACAUUGUGGAGAUUGCCUGGAGAUUCAUCAUACUGUUUUUCUGCCUUCCCUAAAACAAUGAAUAAAUCUGAUCAGGAGAGGAUGUCCUUGUAAAUGAGGCAGCACGCUUGGUGAAUUCCUGAUUAAAGAGUGAAUAAGUAAAUCAAAUAAAUCAAUUGAACAAUUUUUUUUCUUUUCUGUGUGUCCUUUAACUGUGUCCUAGAAGCCAGCAUCAGAAACGUUUGUCUAUGUGACUUGAUUUUUUGAUAGUUUUAUCUUAGAACUGUGACU